GAGUUUGGCUUGCUUCCUGAGAUUUGCAAAGCAGUGGAAGACAUGGAUUGGCUGUAAGUAUUCUUGACUGAUAGAUUAUCUAUUAAACUGAAUGAAUUUAGAUGUUAACCUUUGCAGAUCUGACAUCGGCCCCAGUUGUUCAAGAGGUGGAUGGCACUAUCCACUGGAUAAAUCGCUCUACAGUAGAUAGUGCAAUACUAUUGGUUUCUCCAAUACUUAUCCACUAGACAGUGGUUUAUCAGAAGAAUAGUGCUAUCCAACGUUUGAACAACCAGGGCCUGGAGAUUAUCUCUCUCAGGCUACCCAGUGACCUGGGGGGAAUCCCCUUAUAAAAGUGCUAGGGGUGGUUGUUGUCUCGCUUAGGGGCCUAAAUUGCAAAUUUUGGUCUCAUUUAGGGUGUUUGGGAGGGAAAGACAUUUGAUUUAGCCAUUCUGGUAUCACUGGGGGCUCUGCUUAAAGAAAUUUACAAAAAAUUGCGUGGUGUCUGUUUUCAUCUGGUCUCUUUUAGGGGUCAGUUUAAGCUUGAGCCGAGCCACACCCACAUUGGUCUCCCUUAGGGAUUUAAUUUGAAUUUUCUGACAAGCGUCCCCAUCAGUUUUAUAUGGCCUUCCUACCUCGGGCCAAGUGGUACUGUAUAGAACAACAACGAAACUCUGUUUUAUGAAAGUCAAUCAAAAAUUUCAGAUAUUUGAGCUGCGGGAGACUUAAAUUUUUUAAUAAUAUUAUUAUUGAUUUGUUCUUUUCAGUCUACCGACUGAUGUUCAAGCUGAAGCCAUUCCUCUGAUCCUUGGAGGUGGAGAUGUGCUUAUGGUUAGAACACAUUUAUUUCACAGUCCAAUCAUCAGUUCAUUUUUGCAGACCAAACACCAAAGUAAAUUUUUAAUGUUAUGCUGAUCUGCACUUUCUACACAGGCUGCUGAGACUGGAAGUGGAAAGACUGGGGUAUGAAAUAAGUUUUCUUUAAGUGAUUUUGUAACAAAUAGUCAUGGUGAGUCGUGGAACUCAUCUUGUGAAAAAUCAUGAGUCCCUGUCCAUAAUCAAUGAGUCCCAGUUAAAGAAACAAGGAGUCUUAAAUUGAAAAUGUUUGGGCCUUUAUGUAACUAGACAGUUAAUCUGGAGACAGAUGCCAAAACUCUUUAGUUUACUGAAAUUAAAAUAUAGUCCUGUAUAAAAUAAAUUAUAUUUAAAGCACAAAAAAGGCUAAAAUAAAUAUACAUUAGAAAUCACUCAUACAGGAUAUUCCACCAAACCAUCUUCAAAUCGAUCAAUUGUUCAUUUCAUCCCAUGGGUUGCAUUUCAUCAAUUAUUUUGCGUCUUUGGUUAUUUUUAUGCGUCAGGGAUAAAGGACGCAUAGGCAACAAAAUCACUGCUUUAGUGACUACAACACCACUACCCGGUUAAGCUCAGUUGGGAGAGCACAAGUCUGUGGAGCAGGAGGUCACAGGUGUUUUUUUUUUUUUUCAGUUAUUCAAUAUUUGAAAGCCAUGCACUUGACUGUUCAGGACUAAAAUAUCCAAAUAAUAUGGUUUCAUAGGUAGAAUAAUCAGAAUUUGUAUGGCCUGCCAAAAAUUAAAAAAGGCAGGCUAUAUCUAUAUCUAUUUCAAGCCCUGGCUUUGAUGUUGUUAUUGUUGUUUUUUGUUCUUGUGAAAUUUAUUAUAAUGUUAAUCCAAAAAGCCUCCUAACUAUCAUAGAAAAUUCAAGCCUUGCAGGGCCUGUGACUGACAAUGCUAUUUUCUUAUUCCAUUUCUGAUCAGGCAUUUUGUUUACCUGUGAUUCAAAUUGUGCAUGAAACAGUAAGAGAUGCUCUCAGUGGCAAGACUUCUCGUCCUGCCUCCAGUGCAGCUCCAUCAACUGGUACAAUUUUAUAAUAUAUAAUUUUAUGACUUAAAGGCAACCUUUUGUGCAUAAACCCUUUCAUUCUCUUGGCUAUAGUGAAUUAAUUGAUCUCACUAAUAACUCAGUCUGUUGUGGUGUUUAGAAAUUACCGGUAGUUCAGUUUGUUGUCUUCAUGUGUAUGGCACAAGAGCUCUAAAUUAACUUAAUCUGAUCUAGCAUGCCUUGCUUUCAAGGUUUGAGUAAAAGUUAACAGUAUUUAUUCUCACAUGAAGGAAUAGUGAGUCGUCACCAAAUACUGCUACAGCACAGCCAUCACCAUCUUUCUUGGCCCCUUAAACGAAAUUGCAUGGACAUCUGUACUGUACAUUCAGGGUUUUAGUGUCCAUGAGAAUAGUUUCACUCCAAAAGUCAAUUUUAUGGAUUGAGGGAAUUAUGUAAUAUCUAUAAAAUUGCAUCUCAGUGCACAUAUAUGUUCUUUUAAAGAAUUUAUCUUGAGUAUAUUAAUUUGAAUUUGUAUGAAUACUCUGGACAGACGUAUUUAUAAAUUCUAAUCUGACACUUGACUUCUCAAAUUUCAUUCCGUUAUUAGCACCAACCACUUUUAGAAUGAGUCAACAUGACAGAGACCAAGAUUUUGGUGAGUAUUUAAAUUAAGACCUGUUUCAGAUGACACACUUUUCAUCCAGAGACGUUAAUCCAAAUUUGGGCUGAUCUUAUUGACAGCAAUGAGUAAGCCUAUUGAUCAUUCAUAUGCUGACCUAAUAAGCUCAGAUCUCAGUACAAAAAGAUUGCAAUAAAUAAACUUAUGCAUUAAGUUCUGGGCUCUAAAAAACUUGAAUUCAAUUCGUUUCAACAACCUGUGCAGUAGUCAUCUUCAGAGUCAAGAGUGAAGAUGACUACCGUACAGGUUGUGGAAACGUCAGUCACUGUCAACAACAACAGUCCUAUUCAGGACUACAUUCACCCGGACGAUCAAACUCAACCUACUAUUUUAUUAUUAUUUUUAAUAAAUAUUUAUGACAUUAUGCCCUGGUUUGUAGCCAUUGAUGAGAAAGGUCUACUGUGCCAAAGUCGCAAUCAUUUUAGAUGGCAAGGAUGCCGCUCCACUCUCGGUGUUAAGCAGGGUAAGUCCAUUAUACAGUGAAUCAUUUAUCUAAUUUUGUGUGCACACGUUGUGUCCUAGGUCAAACUGUUAAAAACGUAUUAUUACCUUCAUCAUUGCCAUAGGCAUGUACUACUAUGAAGCUACUGUAACAGAUGAGGGUCUUUGCCGUGUUGGGUGGGCCACAGAUCUCGCAUCUCUAGAUCUUGGUAAGUUUAAUGACCAAUUAGUUUAAAAUGUCCAUUGUCCCCCAAAGAAGCAGUCAAAAUGUUUGAGCUGUGAACCUCAAUGAGGAAUGGCUUGAAACUGAUAAAUGUGUUGUAAAUUUACCAUGAAAGUACAGCAAACAGCAGAAACAAGUCCUAUUAAAUCUUUAUUUCUCCUGCUUUAUAACUGUUUUUAAUUAAUGUGUUAAUGUUGUUGACCUUCAGGAACUGAUAAACAAGGAUAUGGGUUUGGAGGAACUGGCAAAAAGUCAUUUGGAAGACAAUUUGACACCUACGGAGAGGUAGAGUAUUAUAAGAAGAUAACUACACUGUUUAAUAAUCAGCUGAUUAUUACCUCAUUAUGUUUUUUUUUAUAAUUAAUACAUUCACAAAAAUAACUUCCUUCUUAUUGGAUUCAAUGGAGUGAAUAUUUUUACAGUAACUGCAAUGAUUGACUAAUUUGUCUGUGGGUAAUUUGAUGAUGCUGUGGUCCUAUCAAUGGCUCUAUUAAAAUAUCUCUUGAGUGAUCCACAGUUUGAAUUAAAAAAUCUGUGCAAGUUGUCAACUGGUCUUCUGCAGGGGUAGAGUGGUAGUUAAUUCUGAACAUUAUAAGACGUAAAACUGUUCAGCUCUGACUACUAGUAGAUCUUCAAGAUCAAAAUUGGCUACUGGUAAGUUGAGAAACCCUACCAACCUUGACUUCCAUUGUUCUAGCCUUGUUUACUUUGGUUUUGUUCUGCACCUUGAGUGGCUUCUAGUACACUUAUCCCUAUGAGACCUUGAAAAAACUACUAAAUUUAUAGAGAUGGCACUAUUGAGUGGUCCUUGCCAAUUGUAUAUUCAUGACGUAAGUAGAAAUGACAUGAAUUUGUUAUCUAAGAACUCUAUGAACUAAGAAAUGUACUUUUUUGUCUAUUUAUUCUCCAGCGAUUUGGAAUCAAUGAUACUAUUGGAUGCUAUAUCGAUCUUGAUAAUGGAUCUAUAAAAUUUAGCAAAAAUGGUAAAAAAUUAACUUGAUACAAUGUUUAAUAUUGUCAUUAUUCACUGCAUUAAGAAUAGUCCCAUGAGGCUUACUUGGUCAAGUUCAACUUCUGUGCAUGAUGUUUUCAUCUGAGAUGUUAAAAGUUCCCUCUGUGUUUGAGAUUUUGAACACUUGGGCACCUAAGGUUUUAAGUCAAAAGAACAACACUGGUCUACAUAAAAUAGAGCCAUUGGCAGGCCUUGCCGAGAGGGAAUUUAAUUAGAAAUAUUGGUAAUGCACCUGAACAUGAAUUUAGUUAUGGGGAAUUUAAUAAAUUAUUAAAUUUCUAAUUAUUAGAAAUAUUGUAGUGUACCUGAACAUGAAAUCUGACUGGUUUGCAUCAAAUGUUACAUUGUUUUGUAGGAGUGGAUUUAGGCAAGGCAUUUGAGAUUCAUCAAAGCUUUCAAGGAAACACCUUUUUUGCUGCAGUUGUGUUAAAGGCAAGUAGAAAGGAAUUGCAAGAGAUCCUAUAUGUAGCUUGCUCUGAUCCAACAUGACAAUCGUCAUUUGAUUGAGGGUAUUACACAGUAUUAAAAUGUUGUAGGGAAUUAUAAAGUUUAUCAGAAUUUGCAGUAUUCCAGACAUGUCAACUGCAAAAAAAUGUACUUCAUACAGCAAGAAAAAAUAAGAAGUAAAGUCACUCAAUGCUUCAGUGUAUCCAUCUGUAGAAGUGUGUUUUAACUUCUGUGAUUAUUCUAAUAUUUUUUUCACUGUUUUUUCUAUGAUAUGCAGAAUGCAGAGCUGUUGUUUAACUUUGGUGAUUCACCAUUUCAAUAUCCUCCCAAGGUACAGUGGAAAAUUAAUGAGUUAUUCCUAAAAAGGUCUGGGUAAUUCUUGAAGCAUUUUUGGCUCCAGUAAGUUACAGGGCUGUCAUUAGUCAAAUAAAACAAGUAUAGGAAGAUUUGUGGGACGAAUGAUUGGCUACUUUCCCUGACAGUACAGGUUUUUACAUAAUGUUGAACCUUAAUAGCAGCCCUGAAUGAUGGCAUUGCUUUGUCUUUGUAAAGUCCAUUGAUUGCACCUUGCUUUCUACAUGCCAUUUCAUCUUAUAAAUGCUUACUCUGUGUUUAUUUAGUGCUGAAGUUGCCUUAAAUAGCAUAUUUACCUGCCCCUUUAAGCUCUCUGAAAUCCCUAUGAAAUCACCGUCGGUUCUCGUAUACUUUAAGUUUUACAUUGCACUGCUAUAUUGUAUAUAUUUAAGGGUGGAUACACAGCACUGUCCAAAGCCCCAGCUAAUGCAGUGAGUGCAUCAAAUAUGAUAGGAGGUAUGCUAUUAUCUGUUACCAUCCAGAGGGCACAGUCUAUUUAAAUCUGUUUCCUUCUCAGACAGAAAGUUCUUAAAAAUUCUGCAUUUGGUGAGGGACAGAUUCCAAGUGACUUGUCAAAGUGUCUUGCAAAGAAUGAUACAACAAAAUAUGAUAGAAUGUUGGCUUCAGAAAAUUCAGUUUUUUGGCAACCUGAUUCAAUGUAUGAAAGCAAAUUAGGCCUAACUUUUUUUAUUGCUGCCCAGUCCAAUGGGACGUCAUUUUUCACUUAAAGUCCCUUUUCGAGACACUCGACUGUUACAGUAUCAAAAAGUUAUUUACUUUUUUUAUCUUCCUAUUUGCUUUUAAAAAUAUUUCCAGGAGCAUCAGCUGCUGCACAGCCCAAAUCUGGAAAGUUUAGCAACAAAUGUAGUCCAUCUGCAAUCAUAAUGGAGGUACUGUGCAUGAAUUGCAGUGUUUUAGUUUCACCAAGUGCUAUUGUUACACUGAGCAGGAGUCACAUCAAGUUGUGUUUUAAUUAUCACAAUUUAUAGUGCUAAUAUUGUGAGGCAACCAUUCUGCUCAUUAAGUUCCAUUACUGACAGGCAACUGGUUUUGUGCGCAUUUGAUCAUUUGAUAUAUGUUAAUUUGCGCAAUACCAAAUAAUAAAUAUUAUUAUUAUUUUAACCCUUUACUCAAAUCUCUAAUGCUGUUAUGUUGUGCUCUGUGAUCAUUCCUACGUCCGGCUAAAAACUCUACCAUUCAACACGUUAGCUGAAUGGAAUGAAUAAGGCAAUAAAUCAGUAAUUUAGGUUUCAAUGUAUUUAUUACCAAGUACUACUUGAGGUCACAAUGUUUAUACAUGUACUUUCCCUGCUGGAGAUAGGAUGGCCAUUUUUAGGGUGUUAUUCCUGCAAUGUGAAGGGUCAAGCAAAGCAAAGGCUGCAUCUUCUUCCUCAAUUUUAAGAGGAAAUCAGCAGGAAAUAAGAGGGAAUUAGCAGACUGAAACUUCGUGUCUGCUUUUGGGCCUACAUUGUGGCUUGUUAUUUUUAAUUUGGUGUUAACUUUUAACCGCUUUUCAUUAGAACUAAACUGCGACAGUAGUUUUUAAAGCAGCAAAGACAUAAAUGUGCACCUCAGCUGUACCUGUUGUCAUGACACUGAUGGCCUCUUAACUCUUUAAGCCCUAAGAGUGAUCAGCAUCAAAUUUCUCCUUGUAAUAUCAGUGCUUUGUAAAACAGAGUGGUCAUGAGAAUUACGCGCAUGAUCACACAAGAUGAACUUUCUUGAUAUUUUAUCAACUUCUUCCCACUACUUCUGUGAGAAAUGAAUAGGGGCAACAAAUGAGAAUUCAAGUUUUGAUCUUAGGGUUUAAAGGCUUAAAUUCAUCAUUUUACCUUGACAUGAAUACUUACCCUGUGUGAAUUCUCUUUUACAGCCUUCAAGAGAACUGGCUCAACAGGUGAGGUUUUUAAUAAUAUCCUAGCUUUUAUUGGUCUCCUAUAGUUAUAAAGUAACAGUUGCUUGAUAAAGUGAAAUAGCUCGUAUGUAAUUUACAGGUCAGCUGCUAAAUAAGUGAUCAGUAGCCAGGUGCUGGGUUUAAAAUUUCCCGGGGCUGGAUGGGGAACCAGUUGGAAGGUUGGCACUUAUUUGAAGCUUAGGGCAAUGACUUAUGUUUGCUAUUCACAUUACAUUGCUUUUGUUUCAAGUGAAUUUUAACAUAGUAAGGCAAAUACAGAGCACAUCAUUGUAGUAUUCCAGUCUACUUUAAGGCAAUUUGUUGUGUCACUAUACUCGACCUUGGCAAAGAGUAAUUUUCAUACAAAGGUCUAGAUCAGCCAAGUCGCCUCAAAAUUUGUUUAAACGAUCAUAGCGAUGCAGUAGUCUCCCAUGCAGACGUUUUUAGGGGAGUUGGAAGGAGGAAAUAUGACACCCCUAAAACGCCUGGGUGGGAGACUAGACGAUCCAGUGAAAACGCCACUGAUUUGAUGCCGAACGAUCUGGACAAUUAGAGAGACAGGAAUUGCCUGGAUAAAAAUGAAGUAUAUUUAUAGCUGUUUCCCAUACAAACGUCUGUAUCAAAGAUGUGCCGUUUUGGGGAAGCUUGGCGCUAUUUACGUUAAUGGUUUGUAGUCGUAAUAUUGCCCUUGUCUCUGAAUAUCAUAGACCCACAAUCAGAUCUCAAACUUCAGGAAGUUUUUACCAAAUCCUCAAGUGAAGUAAGUUUUCAUGUUAUCGUCAGUAGCUUAUUCUAUUAUAUAUAUAUAUACAUACUAGCGAUGAUCAAAGGAUGAUUUGAACAUGAUUACGGAAUACGUCAAAUAAUCUCGAUGCCCUGCCGCCUCCCUCUUCAUCGGCUAGUUAGAGAUUAGAGACCUUUAGAUUCUAAGACGAGAACGACUACGAGUACGAGAUUUUCUCAAUAGCAAAAAGUAGUCGCGCGUGAGCCAGCGUCAUUUUGGCGGGAAAACGUGGUAGCCGUUGUCACUCUACUACGAGUUUUAGCGAGAGUGUCGUAAUGGCGGGAACAAGUUAUUAGAAGUUUUAGCAUUUUGCAAUCUGGAGAGGGGUCAACGUCUUUCAAUAACCAUAACAGUGCUAACUUUUCUAGGGAGAAAAAGUACAGUGAAGAAUUCCGGGGUGUCUAUUUUUUGACAAUACGCGAAAAAACUUUAAAUCAAAUAUCUUAGUCGUAGUCGUUCUCGUCCGCGAAUGUGAAAGUUUCUAUUAUGUCAUUCGCCCAUGUGAUAUCUGCGGGGAUUCAAGACAGGUAUCCCAAGAUCCGUUAGAUCAACAACGGUUGUCUAUACAGUCUCACUUCAUUCUGUAUUAGGAGUGCAUGAGUUCUUCUACGUCAAACGCAAUAAACUUCAAGAACGCACUUCAAGUAUAAACGCAACUUCCAAAAUUAAACUUUAAUUUUUAUCGUAGUGUUUCACUUGUUCCAGUAAAGAGUAAUUUGGCAAAGGGUACAACAGCUGUAAAAGAAAAAAAUACUGGCAUCUUCAUUACUGGUGAUCCAGUAGUUUUCAUUAUGGCCCUACUACAGUCUAGGUUAAAGAGAGAAGGUUUUAAAAAAACCAAGAUGACCAUAGUAUAACCAGUUGUGCUGUUUACAAGCGUGGCCGUUCAGUUGAACGCCGAAGUGCACUUUUUUUUAACUUUUAGGGAGGUACUACUGAUUGGCGGAGAGAAUGUCAAGACACAAGUUCAGCAGUUAAAUGAAGGAGUAAGUUCACAGCGUGAUUCUUUGAGUAAGUGCAUGUGCACGAAUAAUCACACCUUUUCAAAGCCAAAAUUAAGCAAUUAAGCAACUCCCCGUGAAAUACCGCCUUUUUUCCCUCCCAGAGUACUAUUCUAUUUCCGAAUACAAGAGCCUCAAGGAGGAGGCGAGAGUUCUUAAUGGUGGAUUUUGACCUUGAAGCGAUUGUUUCUAAUCUGUUGGAUAAUCAAGCUUGUUUUUGCACCUCCACAUCGUCAUGCCUUCCACGCGGUAUAAUCUAGCGUGCAGAAGAGGCGCUAUUUUUUCGCGUCUUUCGGGCGAACGAAGCACGAAGCGCGCGUGAUGCGCGAGACACGUGCGACCUGGGAAGGCCCGGAAAGCGCCUUCUCUCGUCGUUAUGCUUCGCGCUUGCCUUCACUCGCCUGAAAAGGGCGUAAAAAUAACGUUUGUUGUGCAGGCAAAGUUAUCAGCUUGUGUUACGUCUUGAUAGUGGAAACCCUUAGUCGGUAGAACUGUGCACGUAUGGGCGGGCUCUUUGUAUAAUAAGCGGUAUCCUUUUGUUCCACAAAGAGCCUUGGAGCUUCUAAUAUCAAAUAAUUUUUGUGCUGCUCGUGUCCAAGCGGGAUAGAUAUUAGCAAACGCUCGUGGAAUUCAAAAGAAAAAGAAGGAUACCUAAUUGCUGAAUGAAUAUUAGUUCUAAAUAGUUUGAGUGGUGCGCUGUUUCUCCUAACUUAUCCAUCAUCACCAGUGAUAACAUUUUGUAAUAAUCUUUUUUCCUUUUCUAUUUUGUUUGCAUAGGUAGACAUAGUGACGGGUACACCGGGAAAACUUGAUGAUUUUAUUUCAACUGAUAAAAUUAACCUCUCUCAGGUAUUCUGUGUCAUUGUUUAUACCAUGUGAUAAUUUCAACUGCCAACGUUUCAGAGCAGUCCGUUGUUUAAUAGGCCAUUUGAACGAUGGCUUCACUUUACUACUACUGCUACCAGAAUCCUUCAGGGUUUUUAGUUCUGGGGCAAACAUUUAUGGCUUUUGUUAUUUAAACAUUACUAGGAUUACCAAAUUUAGAUAUGAAAUAAAAAACGAAAUGAAUUCUGGGGCGCUUACCUUACCGGGCCUUUCGAGAAACGGGCCCCUUGUCUAAAUAGUAAAAAGCCAAUUGGCUAUUUGCUUUUUGAUUUAAUAUAACUUAAAUUUAGCUAUACCAUUAAUUUUUCAGGUCCGAUUUUUUGUCCUGGAUGAAGCGGUAUGUUUAACGGUUAAAAUGGUCAUAAAGUCGCUUGAACGGUUUGUUUAGAGGCGAUAUAUGUGUUCUAUAAAUAUGGUUAAUUUUGCUGUAGCCUUGUGAGGAAAGAAGAAGAUCUGUCGUCUACACACCUAAAUUAGUACUUUCACGCAAUUUUUUAUCCAUAAGAAUUGUUUUGAGUUUUUUUUAUCUGCUCAUUUUCUAUUUUUGAGGGAUACGUAUACGUGAAGCUUUCUAAUAAUUCCCUCCUCGAAUGAUUCAAGGAGGCCAUCAAUCCCUCAGGUCACGAGCACGCUAACGCUAGCCUUGUACUGAGAUCUUCUUGGGCUUCGUCAGGUGUUCCUACCCCUCAAAAGCCACGCCAAGGAAAGUUUGUGUAGAAAGCUGCGAACACGGCGCUUUACAAACUUGAUUUGAUUAUUUAGUGUUAACCUUGGAUCUGCGUUUUUUUUAUUUUUCAGGACGGUUUACUUUCACAGGGAAACCAGGACCUGAUUCUGAAAAUCUUUAGUAAAAUUCCUAAAACGAGUCCAGAUGGUAAACGGUUACAGGUAAUUAGCUCAACUCAUUUGAUAAACUUAUCAUAGCCACAGCAAUCAAUUAUUCCUCUAGCUCACAUAUACCUGAGCAAUCUUUGCAACGUGACGAAGCUAUAAAAACACACGCUCGACUCUAAUUGAAAUACGUUCGAACAAGUCUUAAAUCGUUUUGGUUUCACUUUGACGCAAUAUGAGGUCCAAUAUGCCUAGCUUCAAUAGGGAAAAUAGGAACCUUUUUUCAGCAAUACGCAUACACUGAAGGGAACUAACAGCUCAUAGACUUUAUUGAGAGGCUUCUUUUGACGUAACACUAUUCCAACCAACGGGCUUUGCCUCUUGUUUUACAGAUGAUUGUGUGUUCAGCAACCCUUCAUUCUUUUGAAGUCAAGAAACUAGCUGUGAGUUUGACAAUCAAUGACUUAUCAUUCACUGAGAGAAAUAGAGUUAGUAGGAAGAAAUUUGUGCUUUAUCCUGUCAUGUUUAAACAAAACAAAUCAAGCUACUUUCGCUGGAUCGACUUCGAUGGAAUCUGUAAUUCGUCUCGUGGUAUAGGGUCAUCAUCUCUUGCAAUGUCCAAGAAGGAUGAAAUGUCGAAGUUUUCUUUAGACGCAAAAGUUAUUUGGGUAUAAAUUCGCGGUGUUUUGAAGUUGUCUGUGAAAGUAAAAUAGGGUGUCCAUCGAAACUCCCAAUAAAUUGAGUCCGUCGUAAGGGUACUUCACAUGACCGUAGUGGGGAUACUCAGCCCUAUAAGGUAUGGUUCUCAGAGUUUUCCCCUUUGUAGGCAAUCACCAUUAUUCACCUACGUGGUUUUGAUUAUGUCUUUGUAACUAUCUAACGUGGAUCCUUUCGUCCUAGGAUAAAAUUAUGCAUUUUCCAACGUGGGUUGAUCUCAAAGGCCAGGAUGCUGUUCCUGAAACCGUUCACCAUGUGGUAAUAUGCAAUCUGAUGGUUUUGCAGAGAUUUUUUCUUUAUCCCUUUAAGUGCCAACAACGCAAAUUUUCUCCUAACAGUGUCCAUACUUCAUCAAGUGGAAACGGUUUUGGGGAACUAAUAAAAUGAUCACCAAAGAGAAAAUUCUUUGAUCUGUUAUUGGAUUCUCCCAACUAAUUCUUUAAGGAAAUGUAUGGAGAUCAGUCAGGAGAAUUUGUAUGUGGAUAUUGGGUCUUAAAGGGUUAAGUAACUUGUGAACUUGCAAUCAGCUAAGCCUGGUGUUCUUGCGAUUGCUACAGUCGCUGAAAGAAAUCCAGCUAUGCAUAUGAACGAUUAUAGUGACUUAUGUGAAAUCAUGCAGGCUUGAGAUAAAACUAAAGUCUAUCUUAUAUUAUCCAUAGGUCGUGCGCUCAAACCUCACUGCGGUUAAAAUACUUUCUUAGAUUCCUGGUUUAUCUCCCUUUCGUUUCUAGAACAUGCUGUUCAGAAAGAAGUGUAGCGUUUCUCGAUUUUAUCAGCAAUUAUAAACAAAAAAGCAAUAGCCCAGUUCCCAGUUCCCCCGAAGCUACUGAAAUAAAAAUGAUUUUUUUUCUCAUGUAAGUAAAACUAAUUUAGCAAUAAAGGUUUUUAAACAUAGCCUCGUUUUGAAAGUGAGAGAUUUUGGAGCUCGGACAUGGCCUAUUUGACCUUCUUCUUCUCGCACAUGUCCUCUUAUCUCGUGCGCGUUUCUCCUACUUGCGCCUACACUUCUUAUGUGUGAUUACGCAGCAUAGAAACUGGCUAGAUAACAACGGAGUAAUUUGGCAUGGCUCCACCGACCUUUGCCUUAUUUAUUUCUUUUUUUUUAUUUUUUAGGUUUGCCAUGUUGAUCCCAGGAUAGACACCUCGUGGCAAAAAAACAAAAAUAAAGUUAAGGUGGGUACAGAUGUCCCCUUGUUCAGCAAGCGUCAAAACAGGAGGGGAGAGGAGGAAAGACUUAAAAGGAGAGGAAAUGGACAGAAAAGGAAAGGGACUUCCUGUCCACUUUUAAUUUCGUGCUUAUUUCCCCCUCCCUCCCCUCCCCUCUCCUUUUUGCGCCUGCCACGCAGGCUGUGAUAGUUAGUAAACUAUAAGUAAAUCAUCAACAGGUCUCUUUUCAUUUAGACGGAUGGCAUUCACGCGAAAGACAACAUAAAAUCCGGCGGUCAAAGUCCAGGUACUAACGAAUUUUUAAUAUUCUACAUUGUACUCAUAAACUGUCUUCUCAUUGGCUAAAUGAAAAUUGAUUAUAAUAUUUAUAAUUAUGGUUAUAAUAGAAACAUUUUCUCCGAUUCAAUGUAUGUGGCUUUCUAUCAUUGUCACGUUUUCUAUCAAAACAAUUACAUAUAGAUGUGUCCCAAUGGAUCAGUGAUGGAUUAUAUUUUAGUGAUUUUAAAAGAAAUUUCCGAGCAUAACUUCUCUUACAACUGUCGUGUGGUGCGGAAUCGAAGAAACACAGUAGGCGUCGCGCCGAAAGCCCAUACAUUUUACAAUUUUAUCAUGGGCAGUGACCAGACAGAAUAAAGUGGUAGUUGUUGUGCUCAUUUACUGCAUUGUAAAAAAAGGUUCAGUGGUCUCAUUUUGUUAACUUUUUUGUGCUUAUUCAUUUCCCUUUGCGAUCAGAAUCUCUGUCUGAAGCUGUGAAGAUUCUUAAAGUAGAAUACCUUGUUGCGGCUAUUAACGAACAUAAGAUGGACCAAGCCAUCAUCUUCUGUCGUACAAAGCUGGAUUGUGACAACGUAGAGAAGCACCUAGUCUCUGUAGGGGGAGGUAAGAUCAGAGAAUAAAUACCACAGGUCAUUUCGGUGGCUAGGAUACGCUUGCACUAUCCCAAAGACCCAAAGAAGAAUGAUUUAAUUCUCGAUUUUGUAGAGAAUUAAGUGAAACUGAAGAUAUUGGGGGUACCUUUACUUGCUCUUGCUUCUUGAAGUGGCAGUGAGUAUAAUAUUUAAUACUAUUUUGCCAGGUAAUUUAGGAAAUUGUAUGCUUGUAUCUUCACGUAAACAAGCCUCUUCCUUUUUUAUAUACAGGUCCUAGUGCUAUGGUCAACGAGUAUUCAUGUGUAUGCCUUCAUAGUGACAGAUCCCCACAGGAAAGGAAAUCCAACUUGCAAGCUUUUAAGGUACCAGUAAUCACUUAAGUUCAACUUGAGUUCAAAUUGUGUGAAUGCUCUUUAAAAUAAGUAACGGUUUUUCGACCCGACAGUGUUGGCAGUGUUGGAGAGUAACUAAAAUCCUAUUUAAAAUGGUAAACUUGCACUAGUGAGUUGUGAAUGCACAUGGGAGGUUUGGUAAGUAGGAAAGAAGCGUUGUCUUGUACCCAAGGUUGUAUGUUCAUUAGAGAGAGUUCAUUUUGUACAAGGUUUGCGCUUCUUCUACUAACGUCAUUCCCCACUCAACAAACUAUACAGGAAAUGGGUACUAGCAUUCGGUGCAACGAUUAAGCGUUACUUGUGAUUGGUUAAUGGUUGCCUUGGAUACCAUCGACUCGACCAAUCAUAACUGACGCUUGUCCACCCAAGCGAUCCCAGAAAUCACUGCAACCAAUACUUGUGCCCAUUGUCCCUAGAGUUUCUGAAGUGGGGAAUUGCCGUUUUUUGUAUCUUGAAGGAGGGUGAAGUUAGAUUCCUUAUCUGUACUGACGUUGCCGCAAGAGGUAUUGACAUCACUGGUGUACCAUAUGGUAAGUCUUGACUUACAACACUUUUUUUAUCUUCCUAUAAAUACGGGUACUACUGUUAAAUUCCAUCCUUGGUGACCCAAGAGCAGUCACUUGAGUUGGGAGAAAUGGCUCCACGAAAGUUUAGAAGAGAACUCCUCGUGCUUCAGAACUCUUUUUGCGCCAUUUCUUCCAAAUGACUGGCUCUGGGUCUCCGAAGAUGGUUAAGUUUCUGUUCAACGGUUUGUAAAUUAUUUGGACAAGACUUGGCUGCCUUUGCGUAGAAGUAAUUGUGAUCUCGUAAUACAAUGUAAACGAAUACAGACCCAAACGCUACUUCCAUGGAUCAGAGCCGAGUUCUUCGAGGCCUGAUUUGCGUCAGUCAAGCGUUACAGUAAACAAAAAAAGCAGCAUUUGAGUGCUAAUUAACUAACGAUCAACUUGGCUCUGUCGCUCACAUCUUCCACGAUUAUCGCUUGUGUUUAACUAAGUCAAAGUAAUUUUUGUUAAAUUGAAAAUGCUUCGAACGAGUUGUACUGUUGCUUUGGUAACAUAUUACUUCAUUGACCAUAUAUUUUUCAUGACCAUAUAUUUUUCACCAAUGAUUGGGCGUUUGUUUUAUCCCCUUCUUACGUGUGAGAAAGGUCGCCAGGUACCUCUCUGAGUAAGGCUAAUAGGGAGUUUUAGCAACGACGACGGCGACGGCAACGAAGACGUCAAAAAAGCAAUUAGGUUUAUUGAGCAAAACAACAAGUUUGCACGUGCAUCGCGCUUUUUUCUGCAUUUCUUUGCCGUUACUGCACCACUACGACGUGAAAAUGCCUAAUUUCCCGUUUUAUGGAGGACGUAAACAAGCGACGACGAAAUUUUCUUUCUCUUUCUAGAUUUGAGUGCGGUUCCCAUGAAAUCACCUCCAAGGAAAUUUGCCUAAAUUAGACAUUUUCAGCGAACUAAAGUAAACGCGACAAAGUUUGAAAAAACGCCAGUUCAUUUUAAAAGUGACGUUUUCGCUGCCGUCGCCGUCGUCGAUGCUAAAACUCUCUAUUUUCUUUCCUUUUCCAGUUGUGAACGUGACAUUCCCAGAUGACAAACAGAACUAUGUUCACAGAAUCGGUCGAGUAGGAAGAGCAGAGAGGUAACCAUGAACUGACAUAAUAAUCGGCUCUGUCCUGAGAGGGAGGAGGAAAGCUAUCCGUUUAUGCUGGGAAUCAAUGGGCGGUGCGGUUUUUAAUCAGCACACUGUUCAAAUUAUUAGUGUAUAUUCAGUUGUUUUUUUUUUUGCUUAACACACGUAGUUAAUUAGUACCGAUUUUAUUUGAAAGUUAUAAUCAUAUGUAUCAAUAGAUGAUCGUCGGAAAUUAAAAGAGCUUCUUGUAGAGCGAGCUCAGGGUGUGGUUCCAGAAAACAUCAAUACACCGUCCCGCCUAACGGAGGGCAGAUGACCCUAAAAGGAGGCAAUUUUCGAGAAAGUAGACUGUUCACAGUCCCCUUUUUUUUCCGUGUGAUCGUCGAGAUCGAGUGCGUCUUACCGUUAAUGGCGGCCAUCUUGAUUUCCAGAUGUACCGAGGGGUGGACGUCGGGUCGGUACAUCUGAAAAUCAAGAUGGCCGCCAUUAAAGGUAAGACGCGCUCGAUCUCACGGAAAAAUAGGGGACUAUGAACAGUCUACCGAGAGGGUUGGGUGGUGGCUUCUCUAGGUCUUUUUUCCGGGGUUCCAAGAUUGCAGAGGUACUAAAAACUAAAAGCUGGGCCUCGUCUAUUGCAUAAUCUAUCACUUAUUUUACUGUUAACCGGUUUUUCAAAACAACAAUCAUUGUUGACGAUCUUUCAUUUACGGUAGGCUAACGUAAUCGUUCUUUUUGAUACAGUUAGGAGGGGGAGGGGGGGGGUCAUUAAACACUGUUGCCUCCUUGGGCGGGUGUUAUUUUCUAGAACUACAAGUUUUCCUGAUAAAGGGCAUCAUCUGAGAAGGAAUGCGCGUAGUGUACCUUAACAUCGUUUUCGCGUUAAGUUCCUUUCAGUCCAGUUUUUUAAGAGGUUCAUCUUUCUUCAUGUUUGUCAUUUUUCUCUCGUAGGAUGGGCCUGGCACUUUCACUCGUUUCAGAUGUGAAAGAAAAGGUAACAUACAUGGGAUACCUUUGAAAUGUAGAAUGUAGCUUUUUGAGAACAACGUCUGCGUCCUUUCAUAGUAAAUAAAGCUCCGUAAACGUUUUAGAACUGAGCUUCGCUGAAAGGUUAUCUGUUUCAUUGUUUUUUUCUUUCUUCAUGUCAGGUAUGGUACCACUCGUGUCCUAACCGAGGUAAAGGAUGUAACAACACGCGCUUAAAAGAUCAGGGUGGCUGUGCCAUUUGGUAUGACGAGAAACAGGUAAAUACACCUAGACAUUUCUUUCUUUGCCUGUGUAUUUAUCGAAUUCAUGUUCAUAAAUCAUCAGCGCGCAGUUUCUUUUUAGAACGAUUUUGGCGCGUAUUCAGUCAGCGAAACCUACAGACGUGAAAAUAGUAGAUUUGACUUUUUAAUGAUGUUUAAAUCUUCCACUUUGAAUGCGUCCAUAGAGGGAGCUGAGCUUUCACUUUCACUCUGAGGAAAAGUUGCCCUAAAAUGUGUAAACAUCGCGCCAUAAGCCUAGUAUGGGAGUUGCUUGCCCCGGGUUACAGGCUGCUAACUGUACAGGCUGCGAGGGAGGGGAACGCGCGCAUGUCCUCCUUUCUCGCGUGCAUACAGUUGAACCUCCAAUAAGCGGCCACCCUCCACUAAGCGGCUACUAAUCAAGUCCCGAAAUAGUUGCCGAAAAAANCGUUUUCGCGUUAAGUUCCUUUCAGUCCAGUUUUUUAAGAGGUUCAUCUUUCUUCAUGUUUGUCAUUUUUCUCUCGUAGGAUGGGCCUGGCACUUUCACUCGUUUCAGAUGUGAAAGAAAAGGUAACAUACAUGGGAUACCUUUGAAAUGUAGAAUGUAGCUUUUUGAGAACAACGUCUGCGUCCUUUCAUAGUAAAUAAAGCUCCGUAAACGUUUCAGAACUGAGCUUCGCUGAAAGGUUAUCUGUUUCAUUGUUUUUUUCUUUCUUCAUGUCAGGUAUGGUACCACUCGUGUCCUAACCGAGGUAAAGGAUGUAACAACACGCGCUUAAAAGAUCAGGGUGGCUGUGCCAUUUGGUAUGACGAGAAACAG